AUGGCAGCGACACGUGGUUCGACGGCUAACUCCAAGACGUGGCGCGGUGCGGUGGUGGCGCAGGGCAUAGAAUGUACAGAAAUUACUGAGUUGGGAUGUGAUGACAUGGAACUUGUUGAUGAGUUACCAGACCAUAGUUGCCUUCCUGACGAUAAAAUACCGAUAGUUGGAAUGCGGUUUGAGUAUUUGAAGUUGGCCCAUGAUUUUUAUGCGACCCAUGCAAAAAAAGUUGGUUUCAUAAGUAAGAUACGGGCCACAAAUUUUGAUAGGAUGACAAAGCAACCGAUCAACCAAUCUAUCCAUUGCAAUCGGGAGGGUUUCUGGGCAUCUCGUGUCAAGGCACCCAGACGGAAGAACACAAUGGCAGGUGUGGGAUGCAGAGCAAGAAUAUAUACAAAAUUCGACAGGGAAAAUCAUGAUUGGAUCUUGUUGAAGGUUGAACUAAAUCACUCGCACCCAUGUUCAACUAAGAAGGCGGUGCACUACCACGAGAACAGGGAGUUAACAAUGCAUGUGAAGUGUAUCAUUAAGGUUAAUGAUGAGGCGGGCAUUCGACCCAACAAGACCUUUCUAGCAUUAGCCAAUGAAGUUGGUGGGCCUUUGAACUUGGGCUUCUCAGAGAAGGACGUCAGGAAUUACAUUUCAUUAAGACUCCGAUCCACAAAUGUCAACACAGAUGUCAAGGAGAUGCUGAACUACUUCAUGCGAAUGAAGGAGUUGAAUCCGAACUACUUUUACGUAGUGAAUAUAAAUGAGGAUAACAAGUUUACGAGUGCAGUUUGGGUGGAUGCAAGGUGUAGGGCAUCUUAUGAAUACUAUGGAGACGUGGUCUCAUUUGUUACCACAUACAGCACGAACUGGCAUGGAUUGCCGUUCGCUGCUUUCAUUGGUGUGAACUACCAUGGUAAGUCUACUUUGCUAGGCUGCACUCUGCUAGGCAGUGAGGAGAUCCUGAGUUUUGAGUGGGUGUUCACCCAAUGGCUGGAGUGCAUGGUAACGGCACUGAAGGGCAUCAUCACAGACCAAUGCAAGUCUAUGUUUGGUGCAAUUAAGAAGUCAGUUGAGGAUUUCGAGGAUCAUUGGGCUGAGUUCAUUGAUGACUUCAACUUACAUCACAACAGAUGGCUAUCAGAUCUGUUUGAGGACCGACACAUGUGGGUGCCUAUCUUUUUCAAUGGUCAAUUCUGGGCUUCCAUGAGGAGUACGCAGAGGAGUGAGGGGAUGCAUUCAUUCUUUGGUGGAUACUUAAAUUGUAAGACUAGUUUGGUCCAGUUCGUCCACGAGUUCGACAAUGUCCUAGGAACGAAGGAGCAGAAGGAAUUGGAGGACGAUGCUGCAGACUCGAGAGGUCUAAUCCCAUGUUCAACUAGAUCAGCCAUCGAGAGACGAUUUCAAAAAGAGUAUACCAACGAGAUGUUUAGAGAUGUCCAAAUGGAAUUUGGCAAGAAGGCUGAUUGCACUAUUCGUGCCAUGGAUGAACAGGGUGACUCGGCUUGGGUAAAGGUGGAAGAGGAAAUACUAGUCUAUCAAACGACCCGUUAUGUUACGUUUGACGUCCAUUUUCACCGUUCGACUCACAAGGUUCGAUGUGAUUGCAACUUGUUUGAAAGUGCAGGUAUAUUAUGUUGCCACUGUCUUGUAGUACUUUCAUCUUACAAAGUUAAUGAGGUUCCUUCCUGCUAUGUUUUACCUCAUUGGAGCAAUAACAUAAAGCACAAGCACACCUACAUUAAGAGUAGCCACGACGUUAGACGUUCAGAUGAAAGCCACAACAUAUUUAAAGGACAUCUGCAUAAUGUUCUGGAGGAUACAAGGGCCAAGCUAGUAGAUUACCGUGGCAGGAUGCAAAAUAACACCGUCCCUACUGCACACAAUAGCAUCGUCACAGUCCCUUCAACCAUUUUUGGCACAGCGGACAUUCAGGCCCCAUCAAAGGUAACCACUAAGGGUCGUCCAAAAGGCAAAAGGCUAGGAUAUGAGUUGGAUAAAUCAAUCAAAAAAUCCAUGCAGAGAAAGCGGAAGAGUUUACGCAACGAUAAUCGUUUAGAAUCUACUGCAAAUCAAGAUUCGGAGGCUUCCGCUCAGCAGAUUGCUACGCAAGGACUUGGUGGAUUCAUGUCGCUGUUAAACUCCUUCGACAAUACCUAG